AUUCAGGACACUCUGGCUGUGGAGGACCUUCUCAGCUAACACAUAACCACAGAUACAUCUCGUCCAAUCCAAAUACGACAUUAUACGAAAAUGAUAUAUAUUGUCACUGGAGAAUACAUUCCACAUCCGGAAAAAUUAUCCGGCUCCGGGCUCUGUGGUUUGAGUUAGAAGACGACAAUGAGUGUGACAACGACUAUUUGGCGAUAUAUGACGGCAAAAACGCACGCUCACCACUAAUUGGGAAGUUUUGUGGGAACGCAAGUCUGGAGUUGAUCUCAUCCCACCGAUAUCUGUCCUUGUAUCUCAACACCAACAGCCACAGACAAGCUAAAGGCUUUAAUAUCACUUACGACUUUGUUCAAGCGUCAACCGGAUGUGGAGGCAACUUCUACAGAUGUGCCAAUAACCGAUGUGUUCCCAAAAUUGGAAUCUGUGACGGACACAAUCAAUGUGGUGAUUCGAGCGAUGAAGAAAACUGCGCAGCUUCCGGCGUAUGUAAAGGCACAGAAUAUGAGUGUCCGGACAACACAUGCAUCCCCAAAAACUGGGUUUGUGAUGGAAGUAACGACUGUGGGGAUCUGGCGGACGAGGACAAUUGUGGCAAACAAACAGGAUUGUCCGGCUGUAGGAGUAGUGCAUGGCAAAACGGUACAUCUGGUUCUUUCAGCAGUAUGGACUACACUGGGCCAAUAUCGGAGUAUGAGAACGAUACAGAAUGCCACUGGGAUAUCAAUGUUCCGCACGGAAUGUUUAUCAAGUUAACCUUUGACCCCGACUUCGAGAUCGAGGAUGGACAUGCCGUCUGUGAUACUGAUCGACUUACUAUCUUCAAUGGCAAGGAUCAUUCUCUUGUAGGUGAGUACUGUGGGGACACUGCUCCUGACCCCAUCAUCAUUCCGAGUGACCACGCACUGGUCAAGUUCUUCUCGGAUGAAGAGUCCAGUUUCAAAGGAUUUAUGGUACACUGGGAAGCAGUUGAUGCCACCGGAUUGCCUACAGAGAUAAAACACGACGCUGGGCCCGAUGGGUGUGACCAGUGGAUUAACUACUCAGGUCCUGGGAUUAUACAAACUCCAAAUUUUGGUUCAGGGAAAAAUUACGAGGUCAACACUACCUGUGUUUGGAGGAUUUUUGGCCCUGAAGGUUACGUAAUCAAGGUUCAUUUCAACGACUUUGGUGUAGAAGGUUCCUUUCUGUGUAAAUACGACAGUGUCAGGAUUUAUGACGGUCCCAGCACUGCGGAUGAUCUCCUGGCCACGAUCUGUGGUCGAAGAGUGCCCAGAGACGAAUGGUCAAAGACAAACAACAUGAUGAUUGCUUUCUACUCCGAUAGGAGCUACAACGGUAAAGGCAUUAACGCAACAUUUGAAGCGGUCAAAGUUACAUCUGACCCUCAGACGCACGACACAGCCUGUACCAAGAGGGUCACACUGAGGGAUAACCACGGGAUGUUGACCUCUGACCUCUUUGAUGGUGUCACCGAGUACCCUAACGAUCUAUUGUGUCGCUGGACCAUAACUGCUCCUGCUGGCAAAGUCAUCACACUGACAAUUAACUCAUUUCAGACAGAGGAAGACGAAGAUUGCCAAUAUGAUUAUGUUAGUAUUACAGACGGCCAUAAAAAUACACGUCUAUGUGGGUUUGUUUACCCAGAAUACAUCACGAGUAAACGGAACUCCCUCAACAUCCGGUUUGUAACGGAUGAAAGUAUUGGAGGAUUUGGUUUCAAUAUAACCUAUGACGUCCAUGACCGGAUUCCUGCUUGCCCGAAUGCGGACGACUUUAGGUGUAAUGACAAUUCAUGUAUUCGUGCCAAUCAAGUAUGCAAUGGACAAGAUGACUGUCCUGGGGGGACCGAGGAACUUGUAUGUGGAAAUGUCGCAACGUGUGGAGUUCCCGCUAUUACACCGGCUGCUGGAAAUACCAAAAUCGUCGGAGGGAAGAUUGCUAUUCCAAACAGUUUACCUUGGCAGGUGUCCCUGAGGUUUUUAGGGAGCCAUAUGUGCGGGGGUACAUUGAUUGCCCCCCAAUGGGUUGCAACAGCGUCUCACUGUUUUGAGGAAAACAGAGACCCCAAAAACUGGAAAAUUUACGCGGGAAAACAACACGAGAAGAAAGAUGACCCACAUCAACAGUUAAGAGACGUUGUCAAAGUACUAAUGCACGACCAGUACAAAGCAGCCGAAAUUGACAAUGACAUCACGUUACUGAAGGUGGACCCACCCUUCACGAUUAACGAUUACGUCAGCGUGGCGUGUCUACCGACAGAAACAGCUCCGGACGGAACGGAAUGCAUGUCAUCUGGUUGGGGGGAAACCGAGGGCACUGGCGGCGCAGGUAUUUUAAAACAAGUUGCACUUCCGGUAGUGAACUUACAGAGUUGUAACGCAUCUCUUGAUGGUGGGGUCACAGCCAACAUGAUCUGUGCUGGAUUUGACGCCGGUGGACACGAUACAUGCCAGGGUGACAGUGGAGGCCCAUUUAUAUGUAAACUGAGCGGAAAAUGGCAGCUAGAAGGAAUUGUAUCAUGGGGGUAUGGAUGUGCAGAGCCUGACUCACCAGGAGCAUACACACGUGUUGAAAAUUAUAUACCUUGGCUUCAACAAAAUGUUGGAUCGCAUUCUCCAUAG